GGGGUGAGAAGUGACCAAAUCAGAUUGAGACCCUGCCUUUGAGGGGGAAAGCUAUCCUUGGCCCUCAUCCCUGGGCCCUGAUUCACCAUACCCUCUUGUCUGCCUCCCCCACGAUGCAGUCAGUUCUUCCAGGCAGCGUCCAAGUCUGGGUAGGGGGACGGCUCUUUGCAGCUGACAAGGCCUUGUUGGCGGAAAACAGCGGCUUCUUCUGUGGCCUGUUCCGGUCAGGGAUGCAAGAGGCCACCCAAGGUGAGAUCCACCUUGGGGUGCUGAGUGCUGGUGGCUUCCAGACUACAUUGCAGGUCUUGGGUGGUCAAUGGCCAGCCCUGGGGGGUGAGGAGGAGCUGCUUCAAGCCGUGGAAUGUGCUGCCUUCCUGCAGGCCCCCCCACUGGCCCACUACCUCAUCCACAGCCUCACCUCAGACAACUGUGUGGCAUUGUGUGAGACUGCAUUUGUCUUCGGCCUGUGGGACGUAUUCCACAGAGCGGCACUCUUCAUUCGAGAUGGUCCCCCGGAGAUGGCUGAUGAGCUGUCCCCAGAAGUGCGGGCCUACGUGGAGUCCCUGAGACCCAGCAGCUUUGUGGCUGUUGGUACCCACACACCCACUCCUGAGUUCUUGGAGGAUGUGACUCGAACCCUGUGCUACCUGGAUGAGAAGGAGGAUGUGUGGAGGACUCUGGCCUCCCUGCCAGUGGAGGCUAGCACCUUGCUGGCUGGAGUCACCACACUGGAGAACAAGCUCUAUAUUGUGGGUGGGGUCCGGGGGGCCAACAAGGAAGUUGUGGAGCCUGGCUUUUGCUAUGAUCCUGACCGGGGGACCUGGCAGGAGUUCCCCAGCCCCCACCAGGCUCGCUAUGAUGUGGCACUGGUUGGUUAUGAGGGCAGCCUCUAUGCUAUUGGUGGAGAGUUCCAGAGGGUGCCUCUAAGAUCAGUGGAGCGAUAUGACUUUGCCUCUGGCUGCUGGAACUUUGUAGCGGACCUGCCCCAGCCUGCCGCUGGGGUCCCUUAUGCGCAAACUUUAGGCCGCCUCUUCAUCUGUCUGUGGCAGCCUGCAGAGACCACGGCGGUGUAUGAGUAUAAAACCCAGGCUGAUGCCUGGCUUCCCGUGGCAUCCCUGAGGAGGCCACAGAGUUACGGUCACUGCAUGGUGGCCCAUCGAGACAACCUCUAUGUGGUCCGUAACGGACCUUCUGAUGACUUCCUUCAUUGUGCUAUAGACUGCCUGAACCUGACCACAGGACAGUGGACAGCCCUACCAGGCCAGUUUGUCAAUAGCAAGGGGGCACUUUUUACGGCGGUGGUAAGAGGAGACACAAUCUACACUGUUAAUCGGAUGACCACCCUGCUCUACAGUGUUGGCAAUGGUUCCUGGAGGCUGCUGAGGGAGAAGGCAGGUUUCCCCAGACCUGGCUCACUGCAAACCUUUCUUCUCAGGCUACCUGAUGUGGCCCUGGCCCCUGCAGUCUCCUCCCCAGAGCAAUGACAGGUUGGAAUUGUGGAGAAAUCCAUGGGACUGAACUCAGAGCAGUCAGCAGGCUUGAGUUUGAGAAGGUACCUGUGUUGGUACUCAAGGUCACUUGUCCUUAUCUGCUAUGGCUUGGGGUCCAAGCAGCCAUAAGUGGAGUUGUCUCUUUGUCUAGUUCCAUUGUGGCCCUUAUAUAGAGAUACAAAGAACCCUUAUGUGCCACCCUGAAACCUCUUCUGCCUGUCCUGGGUCUAGCUGUGGCUGUUGCUGUGACAUCCCCUUUUUCUUCUCCCCCUCAGGGGUCAUGUCUCCAUUUAGCCUACAAAGUUGGGACGCUGAAGCCUCAGGUAUGUCAGAAAAGAGUACUGGCUUUGGAGUCAGAGGAUCUGAAUUUGGACCUCAUCUCUGUAGGACUUUGGGCAAGUCACUUAUUGUCCAUGUGCAUCAGUUUCUAAAGAUGUUGGACUAGGGUGACCUCUGAGGAUACUUUCAGCUCUAAAUUUAGGAAAGUUUACCUUUGAUCUACUGGGAAAGUUGCUUAACAUCACUCAGUAAUGAGUAUAACUGCCUUGACCCAUGGAAUGGCACUGCAAGACAUUGCGUGUUGGGGUCGGAGACUCAGACAUGCUUGGAAAGCAAUGUAGUGUCUGAUACUAAUCAGCCAUUUAUUGGACACCUACUGGAAGCACAGUACUGAAUUAGAUGCUCUGCAAAGAUACAGAUAUCGGAGAAGACAAUUCCUGACCACCAGGAGCUUGUGAUCAAGGAGAGGAGAAGAAACUAACAUUAAUGAAAAACCGGAGAACAAUGCAAGGCAGUAUCCAACUGAGUGCUGAAUUGUGCGGUGUGGAUAAAGGCUGUAGGAGUUUGGAAGGAGAGGAGGUCACUAUGGGCUGAAGUGGUCAGGGUGUGGUAAGACAUAGGAUGUAGUAAGACAGGUUGGCGGAAUAACCUGAAGGAAGGCACAGAGUUGGGAAUGAGCCUGCAGUGAUAAUCCAGAGGGUUUGUACUCUUUCCUUGUGAUCCAGAUGUUUCAGGAUCUCUCCCUCAUCCUCUGACUGCACUCUCUCCCAGGCAGGAAGAGAAAGUGGGCUCUUAGCAUUGUUAAGCAGGCUUGAGUGCAGAAAUCUUUGAUCUUUGAAAAUAUUUUCCUCCGUUAGCCACAAAGUCACCCAAUAAUAAUAGCUACCAUUUAUAUAGCUCUCUGUAAACCUAAAGUUAGGCGCUAUUAUUUGAGUCAAGUCAACAAACAUUUAUUAAGCACCUACUAUGUUCCAGGCACUGAUAAGGCUGAGAGAUGAAGAGAUUUGCCUGAAAUUCAUGAUUGAGGCAGGAUUCAUACUCAGGUCUGCCUGAUCCCCAGUCUAGAUCUCUGUCCCCUGUAUCACCAGAGCCUUUUCUGCCAUUCACCACACCCUAUUUCUCCUUCUCCCCAUGCCCAGUUUCAUGUGGUUAGUCAUAGCUCAGCCUUGGUUAUUGUACUCCAUUCCUCCCAGGGCAAAACCAGUGGUUUGCCAUUCGUUUUCAAGUCAUAUGGGGUCAAAGACAGCAUUUACCUUUGUUCAUCCUGUCUUUCCAGCCUUCUCUCUCCUCCUUGUCAUUGCCAACAUAAAUCUUCCAAUCCAACAGGCUGGUCUUCUCGUUGUCCCCUGAAUCAGCCAGGCUUAUUCCUGCUCUAGUCUUCAUUCCAGCCAACUCUGCCCCACCCCUGUAAGGCCCUCUUCCCCCUCCCCUCUCUCUUUCAUAGACUUUUAGGGCUAGAAGGGACUUGGGUCAUCAUCUCAUCUCAUUCCCCACUUCUGCAGAUGAGGGAAAUUAGAGGAAGGGAAGUUAUUUGCCCAAGGUUACAAAGGUAGCAAGUGGUGAACGAAUGAACCAGUGGAAGGACCAUUCACUAGAGUCAGAGGAACUGUGUUCAAAUUUUACCUCUGAUAUUUAUUUCCUAUGUGGCUUUGAGCAAGUCACUGAACCUCUCUGGGUCUCAGUUUCCUCAGCUGUGAAAUGACGGGAAUGGAUUAAAGGACCUCUAGGGUCUCUCCUUCUAGCUCUAGGUCUAUCUAUGAUGUUGUGAAUUACAAUGGACAAAAAGAGUCCCAGAAUCUGGAUCCUGUAGGUCCAGGCCCCUGCCUCCAGCUGAUAAUUGCAUAAACCUUCAGAGAUCUGCAGACAGUCACACAAUUUUCUUUUUAUCUGACUAGCUGCACCCCCUUCUGCCAGUGGCCCAUCUGGCCUCUGACCUGCUGAGGAGCCAGCCACAAUAGGUCUCUUCCCUUCCAAGCUGUACAUGGUUAGGAUUUAGGCAGGAUAGGAGUCAGGAGAUGGGGGAAGAAUUGAGAGUGGCCAGAGAGCAACCAAAGUAAAACUGGGAGAAGUUGAGGGGAAGGUACCAGGAAAAUGAAAUGCUGAACAAUCUCUCCAAGGCUGUUAGGAAAAAAAAUGGCCUGGGGCCUACAGAAUGCAGGGCAUCUUGGUCUGGUGAAUAAAAGGCUCUUAAGAUUUGUGUACCUUUUGUGGUUUUUAAAAUGCUUUCAUGUUUCAUUAUCUCAUUGGAUUCCCCCAAACCCAACAGACCAAAAAAAGGAUUGGAUUUGACAGAUGGGGAAACUGAAGCAAGUGUGUGGCAAAAGAUGGACUAGCACCUAAUUUUCCUGCAUCCGA